ACCCGCGCCUCCGGGCCGCGCUCUCGUCUCCGACCCGGACCCCAGUGGUCAGUGGCUUAGCCCGCAUGGAUUCCACCGAUCAGUCGCCCGAGGAGGUGUACUCCGUGUGGGCCCUACCGCCGGAGCCCGUCCGCGGCCGCCUCCGCCGCCUCAUGGCCGGACUCGGCGCCGCGCACGGCGGCCCGGCCUUCGAGCCGCACGCCACCGUCGUCGGCGCCAUCCGUCUCCACCGGUCGGUCGCCGUCGAGGCGCUCCGCGCGGCGGCCGCAGGCGUCCGCCCCUACACCGCACGCGUCGCUGGCGACCCUCGGGGCUUCUACCGCCGCGGCCGCCUCCUACUGGAACCCACCCCCGAGGUAAUGGCAGCGAGCGAUCACUGCUGCAGCCACUUCGGUUAUCAGAGACCAGCCCCAUACGUGCCGCAUCUCAGCCUCAUGUACGGAAACCGAAGAGAGGAGGACGACGACGAAGCGGCAAGGAAGAAGGUCGAGGAGCUGGACAAGGACAUACGGGGACUGCAAUUUGAGAUCUCCGAGCUUGCGCUUUACAAUACGGAACCUGGACAUGUGGAGUCAUGGAAAUUGGUGGAGCUGUGCCACCUGACUGCCUGAGAGGAAGUCAUCGACUAGCUACCAUCUUCCUCUCCAUGCUACAAAUUUAUGAAGGUUUGAUAUUGCUCUUCUUAGCAGUAUACAUAUAUACGUUUUAAGCACCUGUUUUAUAUCAUCUGUGUGUAGCCCGUCCAAACAGAAUAAGGAGUAAUGUUAAGAGCUUUGGCCCUUCUUGGGUUUUCGAUGGAAAAUACUUUGGAUGAUUUAUGUCUGUCUAGUACUGUAUGGCACUCUGGCAUAAUGUAAAAAUAUGUACCGAUUCUA